AUGUCGCUGACCAACACAAAGACGGGGUUUUCGGUCAAGGAUAUCUUGGACCUGCCGGACACCAACGAUGAGGAAGGCUCUGUGGCCGAAGGGCCGGAGGAAGAGAGCGAGGGACCAGAGCCCGCCAAGAGGGCCGGGCCGCUGGGGCAGGGCGCCCUGGACACAGUGCAGAGCCUGCCCCUGAAGAAUCCUUUCUACGACAGCAGCGACAACCCAUAUACGCGCUGGCUGGCCAGCACCGAGGGCCUCCAGUAUUCCCUUCACGGGCUGGCGGCCGGGGCGGCGCCCCAGGACUCGAGCUCCAAGUCUCCGGAGCCUUCGGCGGACGAGUCACCGGACAAUGACAAGGAAACCCCGGGCGGCGGGGGGGACGCGGGCAAAAAGCGGAAGCGGCGGGUGCUCUUCUCUAAAGCGCAAACCUACGAGCUGGAGCGGCGCUUCCGGCAGCAGCGAUACCUGUCCGCGCCAGAGCGCGAGCACCUGGCCAGCCUCAUCCGCCUCACACCCACGCAAGUUAAGAUAUGGUUCCAGAACCACCGAUACAAGAUGAAGCGCGCCCGGGCCGAGAAAGGUAUGGAGGUGACGCCCCUGCCCUCGCCACGCCGCGUGGCAGUGCCUGUUUUGGUCAGGGACGGCAAACCGUGCCACGCGCUCAAAGCCCAGGACUUGGCAGCCGCCACCUUCCAGGCGGGCAUCCCCUUUUCGGCUUACAGCGCUCAGUCUCUGCAGCACAUGCAGUACAACGCCCAGUACAGCUCGGCUGGCACUCCCCAGUACCCGACAGCACACCCCCUGGUCCAGGCCCAGCAAUGGACUUGGUGA